GGUCGGAGACGGCGAGCACAGAUCGGGCACGGCCGGCGGGUCGCAGCUGGGCUGGAGGCGCGUCGGAACCGAGCGGGCAGGAGGCCGCCGCUGCAGCGCGGGCCCCGCAGAGGAAGGAAGCCGGCGGGCGGGGGAGGUGAAGCUCGUGUGUGGAGUGCCACGGUACAAUCAGACGACAGAUGGACAGUGUGACAAAAGUGUCAGAAAGGAUUGGGCCUCGCUGUGAGAGUCAGCCUGGAUUCAAAGUGUUGACAAGUUGCUGAAAAGGAAGCCAGUGGGAGGACUGUGGCACGCAGAGGAAGUGGAGCCCUGUCUUCGGUCACACCAUUGAUGGAGGACAGAUGGACAGCCGUAUGGCCAGUCACCUCUCCUCUUAAACCUUUGGAGAGUGGUCCUUUGUCCUCUGCUGGACACAUAAUAGGAAUUCUAACACACUGUCUGAAUUCACUUUUCAUAAAAACGUAAAAUCAGACUGCUUUGUACAGCCAGGCUCAACUGUUGCAUGGUAGCAGAUUUGCAAACAUGAGUGCUGAGGGGUACCAGUACAGAGCGCUGUAUGAUUAUAAAAAAGAAAGAGAAGAAGAUAUUGACUUGCACUUGGGUGACAUAUUGACUGUAAAUAAAGGGUCCUUAGUAGCUCUUGGAUUCAGUGAUGGACAGGAAGCCAGGCCUGAAGAAAUUGGCUGGUUAAAUGGCUAUAAUGAAACCACAGGGGAAAGGGGGGACUUUCCGGGAACUUAUGUAGAAUAUAUUGGAAGGAAAAAAAUCUCGCCUCCCACGCCAAAGCCCCGGCCGCCUCGGCCUCUUCCUGUUGCACCAGGUUCUUCAAAAACUGAAGCAGAUGUUGAACAACAAGCUUUGACUCUCCCGGACCUUGCAGAGCAGUUUGCCCCUCCUGACGUUGCCCCGCCUCUUCUUAUCAAGCUCGUGGAAGCCAUUGAAAAGAAAGGUCUGGAAUGUUCAACUCUAUACAGAACACAGAGCUCCAGCAACCUGGCAGAAUUACGACAGCUUCUUGAUUGUGAUACAGCCUCUGUGGACUUGGAAAUGAUCGAUGUGCACAUUUUGGCCGACGCUUUCAAACGCUAUCUCCUGGACUUACCAAAUCCUGUCAUUCCAGCAGCCGUUUACAGUGAAAUGAUUUCUUUAGCUCAAGAAGUACAAAGCUCCGAAGAAUAUAUUCAGCUAUUGAAGAAGCUUAUUAGGUCGCCUAGCAUACCUCAUCAGUAUUGGCUUACGCUUCAGUAUUUGUUAAAACAUUUCUUCAAGCUCUCUCAAACCUCCAGCAAAAAUCUGUUGAAUGCAAGAGUACUCUCUGAAAUUUUCAGCCCUAUGCUUUUCAGAUUCUCAGCAGCCAGCUCUGAUAAUACUGAAAACCUCAUAAAAGUUAUAGAAAUUUUAAUCUCAACUGAAUGGAAUGAACGACAGCCUGCACCAGCACUGCCUCCUAAACCACCAAAACCCACUACUGUAGCCAACAACGGUAUGAAUAACAAUAUGUCCUUACAAGAUGCUGAAUGGUACUGGGGAGAUAUCUCAAGGGAAGAAGUGAAUGAAAAACUUCGAGAUACAGCAGAUGGGACCUUUUUGGUACGAGAUGCGUCUACUAAAAUGCAUGGUGAUUAUACUCUUACACUAAGGAAAGGGGGAAAUAACAAAUUAAUCAAAAUAUUUCAUCGAGAUGGGAAAUAUGGCUUCUCUGACCCAUUAACCUUCAAUUCUGUGGUUGAAUUAAUAAACCACUACCGGAAUGAAUCUCUAGCUCAGUAUAAUCCCAAGCUGGAUGUGAAAUUACUUUAUCCAGUAUCCAAAUACCAACAGGAUCAAGUUGUCAAAGAAGAUAAUAUUGAAGCUGUAGGGAAAAAAUUACAUGAAUAUAACACUCAGUUUCAAGAAAAAAGUAGAGAAUAUGAUAGAUUAUAUGAAGAAUAUACCCGUACAUCCCAGGAAAUCCAAAUGAAAAGGACAGCUAUUGAAGCAUUUAAUGAAACCAUCAAAAUAUUUGAAGAACAGUGCCAGACCCAGGAGCGCUACAGCAAAGAAUACAUAGAAAAGUUUAAACGUGAGGGCAAUGAGAAAGAAAUACAAAGGAUUAUGCAUAAUUAUGAUAAGUUGAAGUCUCGAAUCAGUGAAAUUAUUGACAGUAGGAGAAGAUUGGAAGAAGACUUGAAGAAGCAGGCAGCUGAGUAUCGAGAAAUUGACAAACGUAUGAACAGCAUUAAACCAGACCUUAUCCAGCUGAGAAAGACGAGAGACCAAUACUUGAUGUGGUUGACUCAAAAAGGUGUUCGGCAAAAGAAGUUGAACGAGUGGUUGGGCAAUGAAAACACUGAAGACCAAUAUUCGCUGGUGGAAGAUGAUGAAGAUUUACCCCAUCAUGAUGAGAAGACGUGGAAUGUUGGAAGCAGCAACCGAAACAAAGCUGAAAACCUGUUGCGAGGGAAGCGAGAUGGCACUUUUCUUGUCCGGGAGAGCAGUAAACAGGGCUGCUACGCCUGCUCUGUAGUGGUGGACGGCGAAGUAAAGCAUUGUGUCAUAAACAAAACAGCGACUGGCUAUGGCUUUGCCGAGCCCUAUAACUUGUACAGCUCUCUGAAAGAACUGGUGCUACAUUACCAACACACCUCCCUCGUGCAGCACAACGACUCCCUCAAUGUCACACUAGCCUACCCAGUAUAUGCACAGCAGAGGCGAUGAAGCGCUUACUCUCUGAUCCUUCUCCUGAAGUUCAGCCACCCUGAGGCCUCUGGAAAGCAAAGGGCUCCUCUCCAGUCUGAUCUGUGAAUUGAGCUGCAGAAACGAAGCCAUCUGUCUUCGGAUGGGACUAGAGCUUUCUUUGACAAAAAAAGAAGUAGGGGAAGAUAUGCAGCCUAGGGCUGUAUGAUGACCACACGUUUCUAAGCUGGAGUGCUUAUCCUUUCUUUCUUUUUCUUUUUUUCUUUGGUUUAAUUUAAAGCCACAACCACAUACAACACAAAGAGAAAAAGAAAUGCAAAAAUCUCUGCGUGCAGGGACAAAGAGGCCUUUAACCAUGGUGCUUGUUAAUGCUUUCUGAAGCUUUACCAGCUGAAAGUUGGGACUGUGGAGAGAGGAGGAGAGAGAGGCAGAAGAAUCCUGGCCUGAGAAGGUUCGGUCCAGCCUCGUUUAGCCUGGAUGUUGCUGUGCACGGUGGACCCAGACACAUCGCACUGUGGAUUAUUUCAUUUUCUAACAAAUGAACGAUAUGUAGCAGAAAGGCACUUCCACUCACAAGGGACGCUUUGGGAGAAUGUCAGUUCAUGUAUGUUCAGAAGAAAUUCUGUCAUAGAAAGUGCCAGAAAGUGUUUAAACUUGUCAAAAAACAAAAACCCAGCAACAGAAAAAUGGAGUUUGGAAAACAGGACUUAAAAUGACAUUCAGUAUAUAAAAUAUGUACAUAACAUUGGAUGACUAACUAUCAAAUAGAUGGAUUUGUAUCAAUACCAAAUAGCUUCUGUUUUGUUUUGCUGAAGGCUAAAUUCACAGCGCUAUGCAAUUCUUAAUUUUCAUUAAGUUGUUAUUUCAGUUUUAAAUGUACCUUCAGAAUAAGCUUCCCUGCCCCAGUUUUUGUUGCUUGAAAAUAUUGUUGUCCUGGAUUUUUGUUAAUAUUCAUUUUUGUUAUCCUUUUUUAAAAGAAAUGUACAGGAUGCCAGUAAAAAAAAAUGGCUUCAGAAUUAAAACUAUGAAAUAUUUUACAGUUUUUCUUGUACAGAGUACUUGGCUGUUAGCCCAAGGUUAAAAAGUUCAUAACAGAUUUUUUUUGGACUGUUUUGUUGGGCAGUGCCUGAUAAGCUUCAAAGCUGCUUUAUUCAAUAAAAAAAAGAAAAAGAUAUAUGAAUAUGACAAAGUAUUGCUGAGUCCAACAAUGUUGUUUUAAGACUCUUAAAAUACGGUACCUGGCAAUGUUUAUUUCAUAAAGAAUUGUGAACUUCUUGAAUCUAGGGAGGGGGGAAUGUAGUGAAGGGAUGUAUCAGGUCGGGUGGUGGGAGGGAGAGGCAAGGUUAUAUGCACUUUGUCUUUCUCAUGAUUUACGGAGAAGUGAAUAACUGCAAAGUGAAGUUGCUUCUUCUACUUCAGUCUUUUCUCACUUUGAUUUGCUAGUUAUCAAUUAAUGACAAUUACAAACCUACUGUAACUAACACAGUGUGACUGGUCAGGUAUUUCAGUUCUUAGGAAGGAAGUGCCAAGCUUGUUUUUGGGUUCCUGGAACAAUGCUCACCUUUGUUUAGAACAGUGGUUUAAAGGGAUGAUCUCUGUCACAUUGGACUAUCCAUCACGACCAGCAAAUACUCAUUUUAGGAAAAAAAAGCAUGAUCUGAAAAAAUAUUUUUGGUGGGAUGUUGGUUACUCCUAGCUUUCCAUUCGGUUUAGAACAUAAAGCAAAUGGACACAAUCGUACUGUCACUGCUCUGGACUGUGUGGAGCUCGCUAAGGUCAUGGCCAUUGCAGGAAUCCAAGUGGCAGUCCUUCUAAUUCAUCCUAAUCAUUGUAUGUGCUUCACUACGGGGAAAAGGAAGCAUAGUUAGCAUAAUGUUUCCCGUUUAGGGCAGGAGUGAGAGAUCUCUCUUCCUGAUUUAGAUCUGCAAAAGCUGGUAUGUUCAGUAGGAACUGUACAUGUGUUAGGAGGAAUAAAGACUAAUUAGCAACCAUAAUAUGGUCACUACCCUAAUAGACUUAAAUGAAAUCUUGCAAUUUCAAAUUUCCCUUUCUCCAUAUUAGAUUUACCCACAGCUAUAUUUCUGUUUAAGUACGAGGGUGAGGGUUUUCUGUUCCUUUGUUUUCUAAUGUUGUUCCUUUUGAAAGAAUCAGUCUUGCAGCUGAGUGAAUCAUCUGUAGAAUGUAUUUUUCCUCUUUACAUGAAGCUACUCAUACUUAAGCAAAAGUCAGUCUUACAGCAAGACUGUUAGCCCUCAAACUUGACUUCACUGAUCUGACCAUCUCCCUCUCAUCGCCAGACAACUGAUGAUUUCCCUGGUUUAGUCUGUGUCUCUGCUUUAAAGUUAUUGUGAUAUCCUUCUAGAUCACACACAAGUCUAACAGUUAAUUGGUUAAUAGUUUUUAAACUAGGUUUGUGGGUUUUCUUUGGUAGCACAUGUAUGCUAUUACAUACAAAUUUUUAUUUCUAAAAUAUAAGAUCUGAGAUUGACUAUUUUUAUUAAAAGCUACAGUUUUGUGAAUUUUUGCUUCAACAGUCUUUGCAAGAUGACAUGGUAUUUAGGCAGUUGCCUUAUUUUUGCAUCUCACAAACAUAAGUGCAAUAGAUCUUUUCAUUGAACAGCAAAGUAGGAUUCAUCAUUCCAUAUGACUGAGUUACACCAGACCUAUUCUGCCCAAUGCCUUUUUGAUUGCGGUGUAGCUUGCUCACCGCAUUUGUCUUUUUAGAUGUUUUGCUAGCCGGGCACUUUGAGUUUCAUCAGACAGUCCUCCUAACAAUAGUCUGAACGGCUGAGUAUGAAUAGAUAACAGCAGAGGCACUCCUGAUAUGUGAUUUUAUCCAUACAUCAGUUUUUCCCACCCAGUGUAGCAUCCUAAAGAUAAAGCCAGAAGCUAAGCUGCAGUGAGGCUGUGAUAGGGCAUAGAAGUGGGAGCAUUGGGACCUCACAUUACACACACGAGAGAUCAUAACCACGUGAAAAAGCAAAAAGCAUGUGUUUGCAACAUCUGAUAACUUCACGGCCUUUUGAUAUAUGUAUAUAUGUAUAUGUGCAUGGACUGUGUUUCCAGUACCUUUCAGCCAAAACAGAUCCACAGUAGUUGAGUUCAAGUACAUAACAAGCAAACGUCUAGUACAAUUCUUAUAUAUGUGUAUGGGAUUUUUCCCAUUGAGGUUGCUUUGUUUUGUCUUACAAAGGUGCAAAUUGUUUGCAAGUGAAGUGAGAAGUUCAUAUUUCUUUGGCUUUUUUGUGUUUUUAAAAGUUACUCCUUUUAGGGAGCUGGUCAGAUGACUUCCUUAGCUUGGAAAUCCUUGUUUUCAGUGUGUCGAGUCAAAAUGUGUUUAUGUGAGCUGUCACUGUGGGGAACCAAUUGCUUUGUCAUAUAGCUGGUUAUGAACUAGUAACAUGUUUGGGAAGUCCUACUGAUGUUCCUUUGGAAGAAAAAUUCUGCUGGUUUUAACAACUGUGCUUUUGCUAUGCAUGGUAUCCAAGUUAGUUGAAUCGCAGACCCUGAGAUCUGUUUGAGUUUAGGGUCAUUUUUAGAAAGGGGCAGUUUAAAGCACAAUGUCUCACAUGGGACAAAGUUCCAAAAUGCCAAAUUCUUAUUUUGUAAAAAACUAGUUCUAGAAAAUACUGGUGGGGAGGAAAUAGAAUUGAGUCAAUUGGAAAGACUAUCCAACUUAACAUGAAACUUGUCACCAUGAGAUAGCAUUAACUGCCCAGGAUGCUGCUAUAUAUACAUAUAUAUAUAUAUAUAUAUAUAUGAAUAUAUAUAUAUAUAUUUAAAAAAAGAGCAAAACAAACUCAUUUAUACCUGUGUAUUUUUUAAAGCUACAAUCAGUUCAAUGUUUUUACAAAUCUGUUUAUAUGACAUUGUUAAAAUAAAGUUGGUCUUUUGACGAGAGGGAGGAUGUCACGGUCAGUUGUAAUUUUGCCUUCACAAGGCAACUGGGGUGGGGGGUGGGGGUAGUGUGCCUCCUUGACAUUUCGUUCAAGUUAUAGAUUCAGUGGAGCUAUGUCUUGUUUUAAGUUGCUUUAAUGCAUUGUAUUAGAUCUUCAAACAGAAUAAAGGUUGUUUUGAAACU